UUCUCCACUGUUUCUUAUUUUCUUUGCUAGCCUGAAUGACUGAGUAUUAUUACCAAACACAUCACUUUUCACACCUUUCCAGGUGAUUUAUGGCAAUAAAGAGCAAGCUCUUGCACACCCUACAGAAAUCCACUGGAUCUGCCUUGCUGUAGAGACAAACCAGUCACGUUUGUAUCACUUGAGCCUCUCAGCUCAGUAAGGAUAGAGGUGGCUGCAGCCAAGAGGGUGGGGUGUCUUCUCUUAGUUAAUAGCUUUCAAGGUGGGGACUCUACCAGGAAGUCCUGGUAGACUAAAGGAGAUGGAUCUGUCUUGAGAAUGUUUGUUUGCUUCUUCAAAGAUUUCCCAUCCCUCUAUGAAGCCAAGAGAGUGGCCUUGUCCCAGCAUGCUGUCUGUAUGCUGGUGGGGACAUAUCAGAAAUAAGUGACUGCGCCUGUUUUGUCUCUGAGAAACAAAACCUUCAACCUGGCUAGUUGCUCUGUUCACAAAAAUGUUUCUGAGAUCUCACCAAGACGUUAAAUUACUUACAGAUAAUCCUUUCUUAGUUUAUUUGUGUGUGUAUUCAUUUAGUUAGUCAGAGAUCACAUUGAUAAUUAGGAAGAAAAAUGACCUUCUGUAAACAGCAGGAGAUAUUUGACGGGUGAAACACACUGUGCUCCCAUUUCCAGCCCGGUGGUGCAGUGGCCCUCAGCUGUCAUUCCCAGAACAGGUGCUGUAAAUCAAUACCCUGAUGGGGAUAUUUCAGCAGCACAGCCCCCUCUGAAGAGACCUCAGAGGUGCUUUGAGCGUGCCUCCAUCUGUAUGACUGCGGCAAGAGGAUGAUGAAGGUCCAUUGCGUACUCCUCCUGCUCAUCUCCACAGCUGGGCUGGCCCUGUGCUAUGAGGAUGAGACUCGCCUGGUGGAGGACUUGUUCAGUAACUACAACAAGGUGGUGCGGCCCGUGGAGGACCAUCAGGACGCCGUGGUUGUCACCGUGGGGCUGCAGCUCAUCCAGCUCAUUAGCGUGGAUGAAGUUAAUCAGAUUGUGACAACCAAUGUUCGCCUGAAACAGCAAUGGACAGAUGUCAACCUCAAAUGGAAUCCAGACGACUACGGUGGCGUCAAAAAAAUCCGCAUCCCCUCAGAUGAUAUCUGGCGGCCAGACCUUGUUCUUUACAACAAUGCAGACGGUGAUUUUGCCAUUGUAAAAUACACCAAAGUCCUUCUGGAGCACACAGGUCUGAUCACCUGGACACCACCAGCUAUUUUUAAGAGUUACUGUGAAAUUAUAGUCACCCACUUCCCAUUUGACCAGCAGAACUGCAGUAUGAAGUUGGGAACAUGGACAUAUGAUGGUACAGUGGUUGUUAUUAACCCGGAGAGUGAUCGUCCAGAUCUGAGCAACUUCAUGGAGAGUGGGGAGUGGGUGAUGAAGGAUUACCGUGGCUGGAAGCACUGGGUGUACUACGCUUGCUGCCCUGACACCCCUUACCUGGACAUCACCUACCACUUCCUCAUGCAACGCCUGCCUCUCUACUUCAUUGUGAACGUCAUCAUCCCCUGCCUGCUCUUCUCCUUUUUAACAGGGUUGGUUUUUUACCUACCCACAGAUUCAGGUGAGAAAAUGACUCUCAGCAUCUCUGUCCUGCUGUCUUUGACUGUGUUCCUGCUGGUCAUCGUGGAGCUGAUUCCCUCCACGUCCAGCGCAGUGCCUCUGAUCGGCAAGUACAUGCUGUUCACCAUGGUGUUCGUCAUCGCCUCCAUCAUCAUCACCGUCAUCGUCAUCAACACCCACCACCGCUCCCCGAGCACGCACACCAUGCCCCCCUGGGUCAGGAAGAUCUUUAUUGACACAAUCCCAAAUGUCAUGUUUUUCUCUACAAUGAAACGACCAUCGAGAGACAAACAAGACAAAAACAUUUUUGCAGAAGACAUUGAUAUUUCUGACAUUUCUGGGAAGUCAGGUUCUGUGCCUGUCAACUUCUACUCCCCACUUACCAAAAAUCCAGAUGUGAAAAACGCUAUAGAGGGAAUCAAAUACAUUGCGGAAACGAUGAAAUCGGACCAAGAAGCCAGUAAUGCUUCAGAAGAAUGGAAGUUUGUUGCAAUGGUGCUUGAUCAUCUCCUCCUUGGCAUAUUUAUGCUAGUUUGUUUUAUAGGAACAUUAGCUGUAUUUGCUGGUCGCCUUAUUGAACUAAAUCAGCAAGGAUGAAUGUCAUCUGGAAACUAUUUGCUACCCUGAACAUCUGAAAGCAUCAUAACCAUCAAAAUCUGGCCAGCCUCUGAAAGGUUCACUGACAGGAAUCAGUAACUGCUGGGAAAAAGCAGGGAUAAUAAAAUGUAAGGCUCCAUACUUAGCACUUCUGAGCUGCUGCUCAGUAGCAUUUAAUUACUAAAAAGAAACAUUUGCAUUGCUGGUAAACUUGAAUGGCUGUCAGCCAGGUUUUGAUCCAUUUUACCCUUUAUUAAAAAUGUUAAUGUAUUAAUAAGACUGUCUGACUUUGUAAGCAACAGAUACUAUUCCAGUGAAGUCAACAGCAGUGUAAUAAACUUUAGCUGAGCUGUAAAUCUGUA